AUGUCGAACGAAAGAAGUGCUGAUCAAAAUUUAUGUAAAAUGGAUAACAUUUUGGAUGACCACCAUGAAGUGAGUGACGAAAAGAUGAGUAAGAUGUACACCAAUGAUUCAUCUGUCUCAGCUAUAUCACUGCAAAGUUUGGAUGACGACGAUUUCCGCAAUCUUUUGAAUACUGCCGCAAAACCUCAAUAUGGUAGUCUUCAAAGAAAAAGGAAGAAGUCGCAAAAAACAACUGAAUAUGGUGGUCGUCGUCUGAGUGAUGCGGGAGAAAAUACUGGCCUAUCAGCAGAAGCAGAUAAUUUACUGGCACAAUUUCGACUUGAAGCGGAAAUGAAUCAAAGAAACGCCGAUAUUGGUUAG